AUGGCUAAAGUUUAUGACCCAUUACAAAGCUAUUUAUGUUCAAAUUAUGAAAGAUCUUCAAUGAAUUGUUUGUUUGAGCCAAGAACAAUAGCUCUAGUAGGUGCAACAGAAAGAAAAUUUAGUGUUGGGAGAGCAUUAUUUUUAAAUAUGAUACAACAGCAUCUAGAAGAUGUUGUUGAGAAUUCACAUUUUAAUUAUACAGUUUAUCCAGUAAAUCCAACAAGAAAGGAGUGUUUUGGUAAGAAAUGUUAUGAUUCUCUACUUAAUAUCCCAGUCGUAAUAGAUUUAGUGGUUAUUGUCACACCAGCUAAGACUGUAUUGGGAAUUGUACAAGAAGCAGCAAAAAAAAAAGUACCAGCAAUUUUAAUUAUAUCAUCAGGUUUCAAAGAAUCUGGACCUGAAGGUAUUGAUAGAGAAAAAGCAAUUUUAGAUAUAGCAAAGAAGAAUGGGAUAAGAAUUUUAGGGCCUAAUUGUUUAGGAUUUAUGAAUGUAGCAUAUAACCUAAAUGCAACAUUUAUUAAUUGCAUGGCAUGCAGGGGAACAACUGCAUUUCUUUCUCAGAGUGGAGCUUUAUGUGCUGCUGUUUUAGAUUGGGCUGUAAAAGUGAGGAUCGGAUUUUCAGCUUUUGUUUCAGUGGGUAGUAUGUCUGACAUUGAUUGGGGAGAUCUAGUGGACUAUCUCGGACAUGACCCAAAUACUAAAAUUAUUCUCAUGUAUAUAGAAUCUAUUGGAAAUGCAAGAAAAUUUUUGUCAGCAGCAAAGGAAAUUGCUAUAUCUAAACCUAUUAUUGUAAUAAAGGCUGGGAAAAGUAGAGCAGCUUAUAAAGCUGCUGCUUCUCAUACAGGAUCACUAGUUGGGAAUUAUGAUGCUUUUAUUUCAGCAAUGAAGCGUAUUGGAGUUUUAGUAGUUGAUACUAUUGAGGAAUUAUUUAACUGUGCAUUAGUACUUAACAAAAUGCCACACCCAAAAGGUCCAAAGCUAUUAAUUUUAACUAAUGCAGGUGGACCUGCAGUGAUAGCUGCUGAUGCCCUCGAUAUAAGUGGUGGUGAGCUAUCAAUACUUCCAAAUUCUAUAAUAGAUCGUAUAGAUCAAAUUGCAUCACCUGGUUGGUCAAAGUGUAAUCCAGUUGAUAUACUUGGUGAUGCUACCCCACAAGAUUAUGUAAAUAUCUUAAAAAUAUUAGGUGAUGAAGAAGUUGGUGAUGGCUUGCUUAUAAUUCUCUCUCCGCAGGAUAUAACUAACCCAACCCAAGUUGCAGAAUUAAUAAUUCCAAUAAUAAAUAAAAUCAAAGAGAAGAUACCAGUAAUCUGCUCUUGGAUGGGAGCUAAUGAGGUUGCGAUGGGACAAGAAAUUCUUGUUAAAGCCGGAAUCCCAGAGAUAAGUAAUCCAGAUACAGCAGCUCAAACAUUUGCACUUAUAUGGUGUCAUGCAAAACACCUGAGGGAAGUGUAUGAAACUCCACAUUUAGAAGAUGUUAAAACAUUACUACCAAAAGCAAAAGAAACAGCAUUGUCACUUAUAGAAUCAGCAUUAUCAAGAGGCCUCCUAACCCUGGGUGAGGUAGAGUCUAAACAAAUUUUGAAAGCUUAUGGAUUACCAGUUAAUGAAACAUUCACAUGUACUACUGAAGAAGAAGCUAUAAAAGUAGCCCAGAAAAUUGGUUAUCCUGUUGUAUGCAAGCUAUAUUCACGUACAUUUACACAUAAAUCAGAUAUAGGUGGUGUAUUCUUAAAUAUAAAAAGUGAUGAUGAAUUACGUGAAGCAUAUAAAAGUAUCAAAUAUAAUGCUUAUUCAGCAGGAUCAUAUACAAAUCAAGAUGAAGUUUUUAGUGGAGUUACAAUUGAGGCAAUGUUAUCUGGUCAAAUAUUGGAACUAAUAAUUGGAAGUACUACAGAUUUGCAAAUGGGUCCAUUAAUAUUAUUUGGUACAGGUGGAAUAUAUGUCGAAAUAUUUAAAGAUACUGCCAUAGCAUUGCCACCAUUAAAUGAUACGCUAGCUAAGCAUCUAAUGAUGAGAACAAAAAUAUACAAGGCUUUUGGAUGUAGUUCAAAACGAUUCCCAUAUGUAAGCAUCGAUGAGCUAGCACUUAUACUUACUAGGUUUAGCAACAUGGUUGUUGAUCUAUCGUGCUAUGUGUUAGAGUGUGAUAUAAAUCCGUUAUGUAUUAGUAUUAAAAAUGACCAACAUAGUACUAAUACAUUAUUUUCAAACAACAUUAGUGUACUUGAUGCAAGAUUUACACUACGCUCAUCAAUAUUAGAUACAAGUCCACUAGUAAUAAGGCCAUAUCCAAAAGAAUAUAUAUGGACAUAUAAAAUACCAACUUUAAGCGAAUCACUAUCAUCUGCAGAAAACGAUCAUACAUUACUAAUUAGGCCUAUUCAAGCAGCAGAUGAACCAAAAAUGAUCGAAUUUCAUAAACAACUUUCUACAGAAAAUAUUAAAAAACAAUAUGUCCCAGAUGUGUCAUUUACAGAUUUAAUUGCACAUCAAAGGUUAAUAGCCAUAUGUUGUGCAGAUUACGACAGAAGUAUAUCAUUAGUAGCUAUUUCAGAAGAUGAGUGCAUAUUUGGCAUUGUUAGAAUGCAUAAAUUACCUGCAAGACCGAAUAGAGCUGAUAUUCGGAUUGUUGUAAUGAAUAAAUAUCAAAGCUUAGGCAUAGGUAGAUUUUUACUUACAAGGGCUGUUGAUGUUGCUGAAAGUGAAGGUAUUGAAGUACUUUCCGCCCAUGUUCUAGAUGAAAAUACUGGGGCAUUAAAAGUACUUAGACAACUAGGGUUCACAAUGGAAAGAGUUGACGAGUAUUAUUAUUGUCAAUUAAUAUUAACCGACAUAAGGCAUACAAAUACUCAGAUAACAUUGCCAGGUGUUACACUAGCAAGCCCUCAUAAAAUUAUGUAA